GCGAUCGGGGGCUGCGGGUGGGGAGAUGGGGCCGGGAGGGGCCGAGGCGCGUGGAGAUUGCUACUGGAAUUGGGCUGAGACCCCGCGCUGGGGGCCAGGUGGGCGCGCCCUCACGCCCCCGCGUCUCCCGCCGACUUCCGCAUCGGCUCACGUGACAUUGUGCCGGCCCGGGGCUACCGGGAAGCCGGCGGCGAGGCGAAGGUUUCCUCUGCGGUGCGUCUCGGCGGCUUUGCCCUUGCAGGCCGCAAUGAAUGUGGAUCACGAAAUUAACCUCUUAGUGGAGGAAAUUCAUCGUCUGGGUUCAAAAAAUGCUGAUGGGAAGUUAAGUGUGAAAUUUGGGGUCCUCUUCCGAGACGACAAAUGUGCCAACCUCUUUGAAGCACUGGUGGGAACUCUCAAAGCUGCAAAACGAAGAAAGAUUGUUACGUACCCAGGAGAGCUACUUUUGCAAGGUGUUCAUGAUGAUGUAGACAUUAUAUUGCUACAGGAUUAAUGUGGUUUUGCAUAUCUUUGCUUAUUGUUAUUUUUUGUUUCCAGUAAACUGGAAAAUUAAAUUAAAAGACAAACAUGAGCAUACUUAAUGUAUUUUUAUAGGACUUUGUAAACAAAAGGAGACUUUUAUUUUAAAGGUCUGUCCUUUUUUAUACCUUGAAAGAAAAUUUAUGCAUUACCCUGUAAAAUAAACAAAACCCAUUAUUUUUUCUCAGGAAUCUGAUUGGAAAAAUGUUGGCAUUGAGGCUUUUUUGGUGGGGGUACAAGGGUGUUUCAUAAAUCCUUCUUAGACAAUUUCUACAGACAUUUGACAUUCCAUAAAAGCAAGAGGCAAAACUGAAGACCAGCUCUCACAAGGAGUAUUAUAAUGUUUAUAUAAUAAAAAUAUGUAACUAUGUUAAAACUG